ACGUCGAAACCCAAAAUGGAUUCCCAUGCAAGAGAUACUUUCAACUCUGCCACGAUAAAGUGCGGCAAAGAAGCAGCAGAGCAUUUCGCUUUUGAAGAAGGAUACAUCAAUCUCAAUCAUGGCUCGUACGGCACACAUCCCAUCGAGGUCAGGUCGGCACAUCGCAGAUACCAAGAGCGAGCAGAAGCAAGACCAGACACGUUUGUUCGAUACGAGUUCCGCACUCACUUACUCAAUGAAGCAAGACAAGCCAUUGCGGAUUACAUUCAUGCUCCACUGGACACCUGUGUUCUAGUACCGAAUGCGAGCAUUGGCAUAGAUACUGUGCUACGGAACCUUGUCUUCGACUCUCAAGACGCAGUAAUCUGCUUUUCGACAAUCUAUCCAGCCUUCAUGAAUACGCUGAACUAUCUGGCCGAACGGGAUGAAUUCAGCAUCUACAAAAUCGAGCAUACGCUACCACUCUCAGAUGAUGAAAUAUGCAAUGAUUUCGAAACAAUGCUCAAAAGAAUCUCGGCAGAUGGCAAGAAGGCCAGACUAGCACUCUUUGACACCAUCACCUCACUACCUGCUGUCCGCAUGCCUUUCGAACGCCUGAACCAACUCUGUCGCGACCAUGGCAUUCUCUCAUGCAUCGAUGGCGCCCAUUGCGUCGGCCAACUACCUCUCAAUCUCUCCCACCUCGACCCAGACUUUUUCGUCAGCAACUGUCACAAAUGGCUCUACACACCCCGUGCAUGCGCAGUCCUCUACACACCACUCAGAAAUCAGCACUUGAUACGCUCAACUCUGCCCACUGGCUUUGACUUCUUGACCAGAGAACGAGCAUCCCAGACAAACAACUUUGUGGCCAAUUUCGCGGCUGUGGCUACGUAUGACGAUACGCCAUAUCUCUGUAUUCCUGCGGCUUUGGCAUGGCGCAAGCGUAUCGUAUAUGGCGACAAGACUGGCGAAGACGCAAUCAUCAGCUACAACAAAGAUCUCGCGAGACAAGGUGGCCGACUGGUGGCAGAGCUACUGGGAACAGGGGUCAUGGACAACCCAGCCCUCACGCUAGGAGAUUGUGCAAUGACAAAUGUGCGUUUGCCCAUCAGUGGCGAGAAGUGCUCUGAUACACUCGCCGACUUGUUGAACAGGGUCAUGAAUCUGCAUCAUGAUAUCGCUGUCAAUGUAUAUUGCUACAAACAGGCUUUGUGGGUGCGAUUGAGCGCGCAGAUUUAUCUGCGCAUGGAGGAUUUUGAAGCUGCUGCAAAAGCGUUGAGGAAUGUGAUCUCAGAACAUACUCAUGUUUGA